AUGAUGCGCUCUGUGAUUCCUUUGCUCGUCUCGUUGUGUUCGUUGGCCACGGCCAUCGAAAUCACCAGUCCUGCUGCCAACUCAACCUACGCAGCCGGCUCCACCGUCACUGUUGAGUGGACCAGUGUCGAUACCGAUCCCACCAACUUCAGUCUCUAUCUCUGGAACUUUGUGUCUUGGCCACCGUCCUAUGUUCCCCUCGCUUUGAACGUCCCUACGUCGGACCUGCUUUACUCUGUCCAGAUCCCCUGCGACACCAAUCCCGAAUGGGGCUAUCAGAUCAGCGGCAUCAACGGCACCAACGUCUACAUCAUCUACGCACAGGGUGACAAGUUCACUGUCUCCGAGCCCGUCCAAGGCACCUCAUGUGUUGACUCUACCCCUGUGCCAACGACUUCCACCUGCCCUAGCGCUGCGGCGUCUACCGUUUAUGUCACGGUGAGCCCUACCGGUCCCAGCUCCCGUCAUUUCCAUCAUUCAUCCCACGUCCACCCCCAUCCUUCACCCAGCACCACCAGCACUUUCACCUCUACAAAUGUAAAGCCCGGAAUUGUGCCUAAGACUAUUGGUUGGUGCUCAGACUAUUCCCACCCUGUGACAUUGGACAAGGUUCCCACUCCGACCCCGUCAGCAGCCAACGAUGAAGGUGCCUCGCCGGUAGUCACCGCGGCACCGGGUCAGGUUACUGAUGCUGCUGGUCCUCGCGUUAAGACCAUCACUAGUACUCGGACCGUGGCAGUCUGCCCGAAGCCGAACGGGAUUUAA